GGGUUCUUCCUUUCCGUCUCUGGCCGGCUGGGCGCGGGCGACUGCUGGCGAGGCGCGUGGAACCUCGCGUAGGCUCCCCUUCGUCUCUUCUAUUCUCGUCGGCCACCAGGGAGUUCUCUGACGCUGGGUGAGCUGAGCCUGCCGCCAAGAUGCCGGCCUAUUUUCAGAGGCCGGAAAAUGCCCUCAAACGCGCCAACGAAUUUCUUGAGGUUGGCAAAAAGCAACCUGCUCUGGAUGUUCUUUAUGAUGUUAUGAAAAGUAAGAAACAUAGAACAUGGCAAAAGAUACACGAGCCAAUUAUGUUGAAAUACUUGGAACUUUGUGUGGAUCUUCGUAAGAGCCACUUGGCUAAGGAAGGAUUGUAUCAGUAUAAGAACAUUUGCCAACAGGUGAACAUUAAAUCUUUAGAGGAUGUUGUUAGGGCAUAUUUAAAACUAGCAGAGGAGAAAACCGAAGCUGCUAAAGAAGAAUCCCAACAGAUGGUAUUAGAUAUAGAAGAUCUGGAUAAUAUUCAAACCCCUGAGAGUGUUCUCCUUAGUGCUGUCAGUGGGGAAGAUACUCAGGAUCGUACUGACAGAUUACUGUUAACUCCCUGGGUUAAGUUCCUGUGGGAAUCGUACAGACAGUGUUUGGACCUUCUUCGAAACAAUUCUAGAGUAGAGCGCCUUUAUCAUGAUAUUGCCCAGCAAGCUUUCAAAUUCUGCCUCCAAUAUACCCGUAAGGCUGAAUUCCGUAAGCUGUGUGACAAUUUGAGAAUGCACUUAUCUCAGAUUCAGCGCCACCAUAACCAAAGUACAGCUAUCAAUCUUAAUAAUCCAGAGAGUCAGUCCAUGCAUUUGGAAACCAGGCUCGUUCAGCUGGAUAGUGCAAUCAGCAUGGAACUCUGGCAGGAAGCAUUCAAAGCUGUGGAAGAUAUUCAUGGGCUCUUCUCCUUGUCUAAGAAACCACCUAAACCUCAGUUGAUGGCAAAUUACUAUAACAAAGUCUCAACUGUGUUUUGGAAAUCUGGAAAUGCUCUUUUUCAUGCAUCUACUCUCCAUCGUCUUUAUCAUCUUUCUAGAGAAAUGAGAAAGAAUCUUACACAAGAUGAGAUGCAAAGAAUGUCUACUAGAGUCCUUUUGGCUACGCUUUCCAUCCCUAUCACUCCUGAGCGAACUGAUAUUGCUCGACUUCUGGAUAUGGAUGGCAUUAUUGUUGAGAAACAGCGUCGCCUUGCAACACUGCUAGGUCUUCAAGCCCCACCAACACGAAUUGGCCUUAUUAAUGAUAUGGUCAGAUUCAACGUACUACAGUAUGUUGUUCCAGAAGUGAAAGACCUUUACAACUGGCUAGAAGUGGAAUUCAACCCACUAAAACUCUGUGAGAGAGUCACAAAGGUUCUAAAUUGGGUUAGGGAACAACCAGAAAAGGAACCAGAGUUACAACAGUAUGUGCCUCAACUGCAAAACAAUACUAUACUUCGCCUUCUACAGCAGGUGGCACAGAUUUAUCAGAGCAUUGAGUUUUCUCGUUUGACUUCUCUGGUUCCUUUUGUUGAUGCUUUCCAACUGGAACGGGCUAUAGUAGAUGCAGCCAGACACUGUGACCUGCAGGUUCGUAUUGACCACACUUCUCGGACUCUGAGUUUUGGAUCUGAUUUGAAUUAUGCUACCAGAGAAGAUGCCCCCAUUGGUCCUCAUCUGCAGAGCAUGCCUUCAGAACAGAUAAGAAAUCAGCUCACAGCCAUGUCCUCAGUGCUGGCAAAAGCACUUGAAGUCAUCAAGCCAGCUCAUAUACUGCAAGAGAAAGAAGAACAGCAUCAGUUGGCAGUUACAGCAUACCUUAAAAAUUCACGAAAAGAGCAUCAGCGUAUCUUAGCUCGCCGUCAGACAAUUGAGGAAAGGAAAGAGAGGCUUGAGAGUCUGAAUAUUCAGCGUGAAAAAGAAGAACUGGAGCAGAGAGAAGCUGAGCUCCAGAAAGUACGAAAGGCUGAAGAGGAGAGGUUGCGCCAGGAGGCAAAGGAGAGAGAGAAGGAGCGGAUCUUACAGGAACACGAACAAAUUAAAAAGAAAACUGUUCGAGAGCGUUUGGAGCAGAUCAAGAAGACAGAACUGGGUGCCAAAGCAUUCAAAGAUAUUGAUAUUGAAGACCUUGAAGAAUUGGAUCCAGAUUUCAUCAUGGCUAAACAGGUUGAACAAUUAGAAAAAGAAAAGAAGGAACUUCAAGAACGUCUUAAGAAUCAAGAAAAGAAGAUUGACUAUUUUGAAAGAGCUAAACGUUUGGAAGAAAUUCCUUUGAUAAAAAGUGCUUAUGAGGAACAGAGGAUUAAAGACAUGGAUCUGUGGGAACAACAAGAAGAAGAAAGAAUCACCACCAUGCAGCUUGAACGUGAGAAGGCUCUUGAACACAAGAAUCGAAUGUCAAGGAUGCUGGAAGACAGAGAUUCAUUCGUGAUGCGGCUCAAAGCUGCCCGGCAGUCUAUUUAUGAGGAAAAACUUAAACAGUUUGAACAGCGAUUAGCAGAAGAAAGGCAUAAUCGCUUGGAAGAACGGAAGAGACAACGGAAGGAGGAACGCAGAAUAACAUAUUAUAGAGAAAAAGAAGAAGAGGAGCAGAGGAGGGCAGAAGAACAAAUGCUAAAAGAGCGAGAAGAGAGAGAGCGUGCUGAGCGAGCAAAACGGGAGGAAGAGCUUCGAGAGUACCAGGAGCGGGUUAAGAAACUAGAAGAAGUAGAAAGGAAAAAACGUCAAAGGGAGUUGGAAAUUGAAGAAAGAGAACGUCGUAGAGAAGAAGAGAGAAGACUGGGUGAUGACCCACUUUCUAGGAAGGACUCUCGUUGGGGAGAUAGAGAUUCGGAAGGCACAUGGAGAAAAGGUCCUGAAGCUGAUUCCGAGUGGAGAAGAGGCCCACCAGAAAAGGAGUGGAGACGGGGAGAAGGGCGAGAUGAGGAGAGGCUUCAUAGGAGAGAUGAAGAUCGGCCAAGGCGUUUGGGGGAUGAUGAAGAGAGAGAGUCUUCUCUUAGGCCAGAUGAUGAUCGAAUCCCUAGGCGUGGCCUGGAUGAUGACAGAGGCCCUCGACGUGGACCUGAUGAAGAUCGCUUCUCUCGUCGUGGGGCUGAUGAUGAUCGUCCUUCCUGGCGUAAUGCAGAUGAUGACAGGCUCCCCAGACGAACUGAUGAUGAGAGAGGAAGCUGGAGGCAUGGGGAUGAUGACAGGCCUCCUAGACGGGGACUGGAUGACGACAGAGGAAGCUGGAGAGCAGCGGAUGAGGACAGAGGACCAAGAAGGGGGAUGGAUGAGGACAGGGGUCCACGACGAGGAGGUGCUGAUGAUGAGCGAUCAUCCUGGCGUAACGCUGAUGAUGACCGGGGUCCCAGGCGGGGCAUGGAUGACGACCGGGGUCCCAGGCGGGGCAUGGAUGACGACCGGGGUCCCAGGCGAGGGAUGGAUGAUGACCGGAUUCCCAGGCGAGGGUUGGAUGAUGACCGAGGACCUUGGAGGAGUGCUGAUGAUGACAGGAUCUCCAGGCGUGGUGCAGAUGACGACAGAGGCCCUUGGAGAAACAUGGAUGAUGAUCGCAUCUCUAGGCGUGCUGAUGAUGAUCGGAUUCCCAGACGGAGUGAUGACUCAAGACCUGCUCCCUGGAGACCAUUUGUCAAGCCAGGUGGAUGGAGAGAAAAGGAAAAAGCCAGAGAAGAGAGUUGGGGUCCACCUCGAGAAACAAGACCAUCAGAAGAACGUGAAUGGGAUAGAGACAAAGACAAGGAUAGAGACAAUCAAGAUCGUGAGGAGAACGACAAGGACCCUGAACGAGAAAGGGACAGAGAAAGAGAUGGGGACCGUGAGGAUCGCUUCAGGAGACCCAGGGAUGAAGGUGGCUGGAGAAGAGGACCUGCUGAGGAGUCUUCAAGCUGGAGAGAUUCAAGUCGCCGGGAUGACAGGGAUAGGGAUGACCGCCGGCGUGAGCGAGAUGAUAGACGUGAUCUACGACGGGAUCUAAGAGAUGACAGAGACCGGAGGGGACCUCCCCUGAGAUCAGAACGAGAAGAAGCAAGCUCUUGGAGACGUGCUGAUGACCGGAAAGAUGACCGGGCAGAAGAGCGUGAUCCACCUCGUCGUGCCCCUCCCCCAGCUCUUUCACGAGAAAGAGACCGAGAACGAGAAAGGGAAGGUGAAAAAGAGAAGGCCUCCUGGAGAACCGAGAAAGAUAGGGAAUCUCUUCGUCGUACUAAAAAUGAGACUGAUGAAGAUGGUUGGACCACAGUACGACGUUAAGUCUCAAGAUGAAGAUGGUGGAUUCAAACUUGUGUCUUACAUAGGUUUAACCACAUUCAAGGAUUACUAUACUUGUGCUUCAACCAGUCUAAAUUGGAUUCUUUAAUGUUGUCUCACCAUAACACAAAGAGCAUGAACUUGUAUUAAUCCUAUAUAAGAUUGAUCAUGCACUGAUCAUGCACCUUCCACAGAAGGUUGGAAAACCAUGCCAUUUUCUGGAAUUUAAGGUGUUGCAUUAUUUCAUCAAUCAUUUGUUUACAAAAAAGAAAAACUCAAAAAAUAAAAAUGUGAACUCUUCAGGUAUUAACACCUCUAUCUUGGUAUAGAACUGAUUUUUUUUCCUUUUGAUUUUGAAAUAUCCGAUACUAAUUUGGAAUAAGGUAAGGUUCUGUUAAAACACAUUUGAGGACCCUUUAAAAACUAGUGGAUCUGGAACAGUUUUCACACCAUUACUGGUUGAAACAUGUACCUCCAUAGGUAUUUAAAGGUGUUUACUAUUAACUAAAUUUAGAGAGAGUUUUUAGGAUCACAUUAAGCUCAGCAAACAUUACAAGCAAUGGAUUCAGUGGGGUUUUCUGUAGACUUUACUUGCGGAGGGGAGUAAGGUAAUUUGCAGACGUCAGUGUACUACUCAAAUGCGAAUCCAAAACAGCACAGCUUUUAAAUUCUAAAGCAUUUGAUAAACUGUCUCUUGAGUUUCUUCUAUUGCCAAUAGCAAACUGCUUUUCCAUUAAUGGAGAAUUCAUGCCUUUCAAACAUUUUAAAUAUGACAAUAUUUAUAAAUGUGUGGUUUGGAGGAAUUGUUUAAAUUCUUUUUCCUAAUUUCCUCUCUUCAGGAUAGAUUCUUUCAACAAGUAAUUUGUAGUAAUGACUGUGUUGACUUCAAUUUUGGAGUGGGGAGGCUAUGUUAAAGAUUAACUAUUUGGUCUUAUUGAAGCCAACACAGAACUUGCUGCUGUGUUUUUCUUCAGUGAUAAAUAAAAUACUUACA